AUGGAAGCAGCGCCUCACUUCUUACCACAUCCUCUGAACAGAGCCGAAACCUAUUCGCCCUCCAAUUCGACCGUUGGUAGUGACUGGUCUGGAAUGAAUACCUACAACGGUGGAUUGCGCCCUGAUGCAUAUCCUCCUCCUCCUCCUCCACAGAGAGGUGACUCAAUCUCACCACCUGAUAUACACGGCAAUAGCUUCGAGGCUCGCCCCCCAAACCGUGCCCAAACCUUUGCAGCUGUUUCUCCCGUUGAACAGUACGACCGCCGAGGACCCUCAGAAAAUGGCUCACGCGCUUCGUCAAGAGCAGGCUCUUCCAGAAACAGUGAUAUGUCCUUAAGAGAUCCCAGGAGCCAAAGAUAUCAAAGGGCUGAAUCUGAACUUCGACAACAUUACGCAGUUUUACGAGCCUAUUUGAAAGGUAGUGCUGCCCAGCCUCCAAGAGCCAAUAAAGCGAGAGACAAACUGCUUCGCCUGUCCCCCGUACAGUUCCACGAAUUGAGCACAGAUGUCUUCGAUGAGCUACAACGACGGCAGGCUGCGCAACCCCUACCCGGUAGACCUCCUCGCAUGGAUAAAGUUCCCCCUUUCCUGCAACCCAGACCUGAUUUCCACGAGAAGCGCAAUCAAGCAAGGCAGAAGCUUUCUUCCUUGCAGAUUGCCCGUUUCCGAGACCUUGCUACCGAUGUUUUCUGCGAGCUCGAGAGGAGAUUUCCCCACUUUAAUCCAGAGAACAAAAGAGAGAGUACCCGAUCGCUAUCCAGGGGACCUGCACCAAGAGUUCCUAACGGCAUGCCGCCGGCACUUAAUGGCUUUGGCCCGCCAUCGAGGUCGCAUACAGCCAACACUUCGAUCUCAAGCAAUGCCGGCCUACGCCCUCGAAACGGCUCAAUUCCUCAGCUCGAUAUCAAUGCUUCCAACGAGUUUGGACGUCCCAUGCCAAAGCAAUUCCAAAGCAACACCAUCACUCCAAACAAGAGCACAAUGAUCGAGGACGAAGAUGAUGACAACAGUAGAGGUACAGGAAGCUACAGCCGUUCCAGUGAUGCCUUUGCUUUGGAAAGUAGUCUGAAGAGCUCGACGAGUAACCGCGACACCUCUGCUACAUCCAUGACAGGAGCAAGCAGGGACACAAAAUCUGUUCCCCAACUUACAGAUGACCUCCAGAACAGAGUUGCUGAUCUAGAAAGCAAACUCGAGGCCAAAGACGUAGAGAUCAAUGAGCUGUCUAGCGCAGCAAUGUUGAAGGACAAAUUGCAACAGCAAGUGGAUCAGGUGGAAAGUUUAAACAGCUCCUUGAGGGAGGAGAUUGAGAAACUACGUAUAGAACAUGCAUCUCUAGCCUCACAAGUGGCAGCCUCUGACGAUAAUGGGUGGGAAAACAAGCACAACGAGCUUGAAGAGCAGCAUCAAAGGCUGCAGUCCAAGUACGAUCAACAGAUGAAGAUGACGGACGAAGUGAGCAAGCAGUUUAGAGCUCACAUGGCCGAGAUGCGAGCAAUGGCAGAUGAAGGUAGUGACAGCAUGCAAAGGGAGGAGCAGUUACAUGGCGAGGUUCAGCGUCUAAAAGAGGAGGUCGCAGAGUGGAAGGCACGGUAUACCAAAGUGAGAAGUCAAAAGAAGGAUGCAAGAUUGAGUACCGUUGGGUUGAACAACGAUGAUGUGGAGAAGUCUAAAGUCCUGCGAGAUCAGUCUUUCUACUCUUCCGAUGGCUUGGUGAGUGAUGUGCAUCUUACAAGGUUCCAGCUUUCCAUCAACGAGCUCUUAAACAGUGGUCAUGGUCCGGACCCUGCAGCAGUCCUGAACCACGUAAAGGAUCUGGUAUAUGCCGUGCGAAGCAUCACGGGUGAUGUCGAGAAAGCGAUGGAUGGCGAGAAGGACGAUGAGCUUGCCAGGAAAAGGCGCAAGAUGAAAGCCAAAGUGUCGGCAACAGCCAACAAUGUCAUCACUGCGUCCAAGAAUUAUGCUGCAGCACAUGGUAUUUCACCUGUAAGCCUGCUUGAUGCUGCAGCAUCUCACUUAACAGCAGCUGUAGUCGACCUUCUGCGCAAUGUCAGGAUUCGACCUACUCCAAUAGGUGAAGAAGGUGAGCUGACAGAGCACGACGAUCAGCACUUGACACCUGUCAACAAAAAUGGAUACUUCAAAGUCAACGGCCACGUACGGAAGUCGAGUGAGGCAGACAGUGUCUAUAGUGCUCUGAGCGAUCCAUUGGAACCUGAUCCUCGCACACCAGUUGGACCUGUCCAAGAUGAGUCGCGUGUCGACGACAACAAUUACGGUCUUGGUAUCGAUGCUACUCAUCUCCAGCAAGAUGACAUUGAACUGGAAGAGUUGAAAGUUUACCUCGGUAACCAAACAGAUGUUCUUGUACAGAAUGUCCAGACAUUAGUGAGGGCCGUUCGCGAUGAUGGUCGGACUUCCGUUGUUCGAGAUCACGCCAAUGGUAUCCUCGAUGUUGUUGAUAUCAUUCUUGCUGCAGCUGAGGGUGGAAUGGAGCAGCCGACCUCUUUCCGAGCACUCUUUGUGCAUAAGGUAUCAGGUGCAUACGAAAAGCUUAGUCAAGGCAAGAUCCAACUGGAGAAUGAGGUGCAAAGUUCAACGCAACACGAUGGGCAGCCUGCGGCGACAGGGGUUGCACAGUCAUUUCCGCCCUUAGCUUUCCAGGUUGCCAAGGCAGCAAAGGACCUGACAGCUGAUGUCGAAAAAGUCGUGACAGGUGAGCAGGCAGAUGCAGAUGACUUCAGCUGA